ACUGAGCGCUCUCGCUCAGUGCAGCGGGGCCAGCGAUGCCUUCUGGACCACACGCUGUCCUCGCCGAGGUCCUGGUUUGUUCUCAACCUCGGCUAAAGGCAUCGUCCCCUGACUGCCUCUUCCAUUCGUCCUUCGGAAAGGGGACCCAACUGGUUCCUCUUCUACCUAUGAGGCGCAUCUGCUUGGUGCAAAUGUCCAGCCACCUCUUCUGACUCGGUGAGUCGAGGAAUGAGACAAAGCAUCUUGUUCUGCACCGUGCAUGAGUCUUCAGGCAGCGGGACCGGUGGCAAACAUUGGCAGGAACUGGAGCUGUGAGAGUGAUUUUCCAGUGAUUGCUUUGGCCUGUAUCACCAGAGAACAGGAUUCUUCCCUUCUUUUUGGUCACCAAAUGCCUAUGUCCACCACACAUUCCAGUGUGCUGAGAAGGGCAGAGCUUCUUGGAUGAUGAUGGACGUCCCACCGGGCAGGAUGAAGGCAGAGCGUGUGGCAUCUCCACCUCAAGGGUGCAGUGUGAUCUUCCUCGUCUCCCUCCGCAGCCAGCACUCUGCCUCCUGUAUCCACCAUGGUGUUUGGUGAGUUUUUCCGUCGCCCUGGACAAGACGAGGAACUUGUCAACCUGAAUGUGGGGGGCUUUAAGCAGUCUGUUGACCAAAGCACCCUCCUGCGGUUUCCUCACACCAGACUGGGGAAGCUGCUCACUUGCCAUUCUGAAGAGGCCAUUCUGGAGCUGUGUGAUGAUUACAGUGUGGCCGAUAAGGAGUACUACUUUGAUCGGAAUCCCUCCUUGUUCAGAUAUGUUUUGAAUUUUUAUUACACGGGGAAGCUGCAUGUCAUGGAGGAGCUGUGCGUGUUCUCUUUCUGCCAGGAGAUUGAGUACUGGGGCAUCAACGAGCUCUUCAUCGAUUCCUGCUGCAGCAAUCGCUACCAGGAACGCAAGGAGGAAAACCACGAGAAGGACUGGGACCAGAAAAGCCAUGAUGUGAGUACUGACUCCUCGUUUGAAGAGUCAUCUCUGUUUGAGAAAGAGCUGGAGAAAUUUGACACACUGCGAUUUGGCCAGCUCCGGAAGAAAAUCUGGAUUAGAAUGGAGAACCCAGCGUACUGCCUGUCUGCUAAGCUUAUAGCCAUCUCCUCCUUGAGCGUGGUGCUGGCCUCCAUCGUGGCCAUGUGCGUUCACAGCAUGUCAGAGUUUCAGAACGAGGAUGGAGAGGUGGAUGACCCAGUGCUGGAAGGAGUGGAGAUCGCAUGCAUUGCUUGGUUCACCGGGGAGCUUGCUGUCCGGCUGGCUGCUGCUCCUUGUCAAAAGAAAUUCUGGAAAAACCCUCUGAACAUCAUUGACUUUGUCUCCAUUAUUCCCUUCUAUGCCACGUUGGCUGUAGACACCAAGGAGGAAGAGAGUGAAGAUAUUGAGAACAUGGGCAAGGUGGUCCAGAUCCUACGGCUUAUGAGGAUUUUCCGAAUUCUAAAACUUGCUCGGCACUCGGUAGGACUUCGGUCUCUAGGUGCCACACUGAGACACAGCUACCAUGAAGUUGGGCUUCUGCUUCUCUUCCUCUCUGUGGGCAUUUCCAUCUUCUCUGUGCUUAUCUACUCUGUGGAGAAAGAUGACCACACAUCCAGCCUCACCAGCAUCCCCAUCUGCUGGUGGUGGGCCACCAUCAGCAUGACAACCGUGGGCUAUGGAGACACCCACCCGGUCACCUUGGUGGGGAAGCUCAUCGCCAGCACGUGCAUCAUCUGUGGCAUAUUGGUGGUGGCCCUUCCCAUCACCAUCAUCUUCAACAAGUUUUCCAAGUACUACCAGAAGCAAAAGGACAUUGAUGUGGACCAGUGCACUGAAGAUGCACCAGAGAAGUGUCAUGAGCUACCUUACUUUAACAUUAGGGAUAUUUAUGCACAGCAGAUGCACGCCUUCAUUACCAGUUUCUCUUCUGUAGGCAUUGUGGUGAGCGAUCCUGACUCCACAGACGCGUCCAGCAUUGAAGACAACGAGGACAUUUGUAAUACCAUCUCCUUGGAGAAUUGCACAGCAAAAUGAGCAGGGGUGUUUGUGCCUGUUUCUCUUAUCCUUUCCCAACAUUAGGUUAAUACAGCUUUAUGAACCUCAAUGGGUUUGUUAAAAUCAUUUAAUUCUCAGGGUGUACCUUUCAGCCAUAGUUGGACAUUCAUUGCUGAAUUCUGAAAUGAUAGAAUUGUCUUUAUUUUUCUCUGUGAGGUCAAUUAAAUGCCUUGUUCUGAAAUUUAUUUUUUACAAGAGAGAAUUGUAAUAUGGUUUUGGAAUAUAAGAUAAACGGUAUUGGGUGGGGUUUGUGGCUACAGCUUAUGCAUCAUUUUGUGUUUGUCAUUUACUCACAUUGAGCUAACUUUAAAUUACUGACAAGUAGAAAUCAAAGGUCCAGCUGACUGAGACUACAUGCAUGUAAGAUCCACAAAAUGAGACAAUGCAUGUAAAUUCAUGUUCCUGUUCUAGACUUGGAAAUUAGGAGCUUAAUAAACUUCCUAAUUCUGUAUGGAGAA